CUCACUGAUAAACUCUGGCAGCCGAAGAUGUUGCAUCAUUGUGAAAGGGUUUAAUAUCUCAGUUAAUAACAUUACAUAACCUUAAUCAAACACGGAGACGGUACCAUAUAUGGUUGGAGAACAAGAAUAAGGUCGAUUUUCAUUUAAUCAACCGCACAGAAGAGAAGUGGAAGUUUAUAAGGUCCUAGCAUCUCAUAUUGUAAAAAUAAGGAUUAUGAAUGCUUGAACCAUCACCUCAUGUGACAUCACUGAUAAGAUAACAGCUGAUUAUCUCUAUUUUUACGUUGUUAAAAGAUUCUGAGAGUACACCAACUGCAAUGGUUCAUAAUGAAAAAGAUGGAGUCGCUAAUGGAAAAUGUGACACUGAUGACCCUCAAGCAUCAAUGGCAAGCCCUGUCAAACGCCGAAAGCAAGCUCAGAGCAGGGCCUGGGAGUGGGAGGAAGUGGAGAUCGACAUCGGUUGGGGGAAUCUGCGAGGGAAGGCUAGAGGCACAGGACCAAGGCUCAUGCUAGGUGUUCAUGGCUGGCUAGAUAAUGCCAACACAUUUGACCUCAUUGCACCCACAAUACCUGAUGAUGUGAGAUUCAUAUCACUGGACCUCCCUGGGCAUGGGCUCUCUGACCACUUCCCUCCUGGCUUCAUCUAUGACCCAAGGGGGUAUGCAGGGGCCAUAAAGAAAGCUGUGACAGUCCUUGGGUGGAAGCGCUUUAUUUACCUCGGACACAGCAUGGGUGCAGUGGUAGGCAUCCUCUACACCUCCAUUUUCCCUGAGGAUGUAGAGGCCUUCAUCUCAAUCGACAUAAUUAAGACAUGGUCACUCAAGCCAGAGAAAUAUGCAUCAGAACUGAAAAAGUACUAUAUGUCUUACUUUGAUAAUGAAACCAAGUCUAAGCAGCCACCACUGGUCUACCAAGAGGAAGAGCUCCUGCAGAAGACCAUCGAUGGCAGCAAGUCACUCAACGAGGAAGGUGCUAAAAUUCUGCUCAAACGCGGGGCAAAGAAAGCCGAGGAUGGGAAGGGGCUGAUCCUGAGGAGGGACCUAAGAGCUAAGGCUUUCUUCAUUGGUUUCCUUCCCUUUGAUGCUUGGGUGGAAAUGGCCACUUCUAUUAAGUGUCCAUUACUCUUCCUAAAGGCCACAGAUGGGCACUAUUACGAGUCCAAGGACAAGUAUGAAGUUAUGCGGUCAGCCUUCAACCAGGACUGCAAGCAUUUCUCUUACCACGAAAUAGCAGGGAAACAUCACAUACAUCUGACUAAUCCAGAUGAAGUUGGAGAAUAUGUUUUAUCUUUUCUGAAGGAAUGCAUGUCCUUAAAAAUUUCCGAAGAAGCUCAGAGUUCCAGCUGAUGAAGUUACUAGUCUGCAAGAGAGCUGUAUGUCGAAUGUCUUAUGAUUAUUUAUAUAUUUUUCUAGAUAUUUAUAUAUUUGACAUCACAUAAAAUGUGAUUGUUUAUGGAAAGAGGUUGUGCCACAUUGAUGAUCAUUAGCAGCACUGUAAGGAAGUUACAGAAUGAAUGAGAUUUUACUGAAUCUUAUGGCACCAAAAGGUCUACACAUUGUUUAAUGUAAUACUUUUUAAUGCAUUUUACUCUUUAUGUUGAUCUCAGGUUGAGAAAGUAAAUAUAAUUCAUGCAUUAUUAUAAUUGUUUAUAAUAGGAUUAUAUUGAUAUGUAUUAUUUUUUGAUAUGUAAACAAGGUAUUUGUUCUCUUUUAUAUUUUGGGAUGCAAUUUCUAAUUGAAAAUUUUAGGAAGAGGUUUCUAAUUGAAAGAAAGGAAUACUAUGGCAUACAUAUUUAUCCUUACACAAUUCUUUGUAAGUGCACAUUAAAUAGACUAUAACAUUUAACAGUCAGUUAUUAGCAUAAUAUAAAUGCACCAAAUGAUAGAAGCCAUACAUAAUGUAGUAGACAAUAUUAUCGAAAUAACCAGCACCAACUCGUAUACCAUACAUAAUCUUUCCUGCAGUGGUGUAGAUGAACGUUAGAGGCCAAAACACACUGUUUUAUGAAAUAUAUUUAUAGUUUGUGUGCAGUUGGUGCAGAAAGCAUCUUCUGUGAUAUUUAUUAUGUAUGUACACUGCUAAUAAAGGAGUAGUUUAGAA